ACGAAUUCAAUUCAAACGGUGAUUCUGAAAAUUUCUUGCGUAGCGAGAAAGAAAGUUUGGUCGCGUGACUUGAAGCAAGAGGCUCUAUCUAGCUCUAUGUGAUUUACAAUAAUGAAUAAUCGUUUAUCAUGAAAUCAUCCAAAUUUCAGGCAGAGAGAACUGCCUGAUAUGCAGUUGAUACAUUUAUAGUGACUAUUGUCACGUUGCAUGCUGCUCGUAGAAAGUAACGGUAUACUUCUGGAGCUUUCACGUCGUACGCCAUCGAAUUUGUGAUUCUGGAUCCACAGUUUUACAGGAGAGACUCGUCGCUACAUACGAGGACGGGUUACUGUACUUAGUUCACAUUAUGGGGUUCGAUGUGAACCGCUUUCAAGGCGAAGUUGACGAGGAACUUGUUUGUCCAAUAUGUUCUGGAGUGUUAGAGGAUCCUGUUCAGACUUGUAGGUGAGCAAUAUGUUACAGGCACCUGUAUGUGAACAUGCCUUUUGUCGUACAUGCAUUAAUGAAUGGAUAAACAGACAACCCACUUGUCCAUUGGAUCGCACACCAAUUACAUCUGCUCAGCUUAGAGCAGUUCCAAGAAUUCUUCGGAAUCUGUUGGCCCGCCUUUGUAUUAGUUGUGAUAAUAUGAUAUACGGAUGUCAAGUGGUAGUCAAGCUUGAUAGUUUAGUGUCACAUUUGGAGCAAUGUGAAUAUAAUCCCAAGAGACCGAUGCUUUGUGAACAAGGAUGCAGCCUUAUUAUUCCCAAAAACGAGUUGAAAGAUCACAAUUGUGUGAGAGAGCUCAGAAAUAUUAUACAUUCGCAGCAACAAAAACUUGCUGAUAUGAAACGUGAGUUAGGUGAACAACAACUUCAAAUAAAUGAACACAAGAGGGAAAUACACCUUCUAAAAGAUUUCAUGAGAGCAUUGAGAGUUUCAAAUCCUGCAAUGCGUGCUAUUGCUGAUCAAAUGGAAAGAGAUGAUGUUAUAAGAUGGUCUGCUACUCUUCCUAGAGCAAGAGUAACAAGAUGGGGAGGAAUGAUUUCUACACCUGAUGAAUUGUUGCAGACAAUGAUAAAGAGAACUUUGUCAGAAUACAAUUGCCCACCUCAUAUAAUCGAUGACUUAAUGGAAAAUUGUCAUGAAAGGAAAUGGCCUCCAGGCUUAAAUUCGCUUGAAACCAGACAGAAUUCUAGAAGACUAUACGAUAAUUAUAUUUGUAAAAGAGUCCCUGGUAAACAAGCAGUGUUAGUUCUUUUUUGUGAUAAUACCCAUAUGCCAGAAGACAUGAUGAUUGAACCUGGAUUAGUGAUGAUUUUUGCACAUGGCAUAGAAUAAAAUUUUAUACCAAUGUUUACUGUGCAUGUCAAAAUAA